AUGCCAAAAGGUAUUGCAAGCUACCUAGAUGUGACUGGCAGCUCCAUAAGAAGCUCUUCAUCCAGAAUUAAUACUGAUGAAAGUUUCAAUGUGGAAGACUGGCCAUCAUCAAGUUCUUCUAACACUUGGAGUGCCUCACCUGCAACUGUGACAGCCUCAGAAAAUGAAAAUGAAUCAGAUGUGUUUACUGAAUCUGUUCAAGCAAAGAAGAAAAGAAAAAGAGCGGGGGGAGGGAAGGGGGGCUGCAUGCUUUUUGUUGGAGACACCACGACCGAAAAGAGGGACAUUUUUGUGUCGGGAACAGUAGGACAGAGUCCGAAAGUGGUUCCUAUGGUCACCUUAAUAAUAGUAUACCUACAAGAAAGACGUUUUUUGUACCUCCAAUAUACUGAGACAUUUAUUGGCUUUUAUAGCCCUUCAUGGCCUACAUUGUGA